CCCCAGCACUGGCCGCACCGUUCGAGCUGCACGGAAUCGGUGCUUACGCGCUCUCUUACCGAAACAUAAUCUAAAACUCUCUUCUCCCGGUAACGAAAAGAGUGUAUAACCCCGUAGGUGGCUGCGAUAGACACACUUAUUCUGGGUCGUGACGGAGGCCGCAGAGUAAAGGUGGUGUCCUCCCAUCAGAGAGACGCUCUCUCUUCAUCCAUGUCCUGACAGCGCUGGACCCAACAAGGGACAGCAGCAACGAGUAGAGCAAGACAGCUGGAAGCAACCGGAACUCCAUGCCCAGCACGGUGUGCCCUGGCUAGGGUGAUGCUGUGGCCUGGGGAUAUCAGGGGCCUGGGGCAGCUGUGGAUAUGUGGCUAACUCUGUCUUCUUCUGCCGAGAGUAAGGCACCUAGCUGUGAAGAGAAGAGGAGGAGAGGGAGGAGGAGGGGGGAAGUAGCUAUAUUUGAGAGCUCUGGGAAGACCUGAUUUCCAGUGUGGAUGUAAAGCUCUCAUUACUUACUAGAUAUUUACUGAAUCUCUGAGAACUGUUUCCCUGAGCACAAUCCUAUUUAUUAUAAGGUGUAAUUUAUUCAACUCCAGGUAUACACUAAGGGUUUUUGUAUAUACAGUCCUGUCAUUGUUUACCUGAAGGCAUCUAAAAAGCCCAAACUUUUUUUUCUCUACAAAAACACAUUUAUUUUCACUGUAUUUGGCCCAGUUGCUGUAUGCCCUGCGUGGAGGCCUAGCGGGGAGACGUGUCUCGUGGUAUCCCUAGCAACGCGCGGUGGUAACCAUGGCGGCGGCGUACCGCGUGGUGGUGAGCAGUGUGAGCUGCUACAGCAGUGUGGUGGUGGACCGGCGUUCCCACAGCCAUGCCGUGCACUACUGCUCUGGGCCAUGUGGGGCGCAGUCCCAGGGCCUGGACUGUACCGUGGCCCACCGCAGCACCUGCUCCGAACUCCUCACCUGCCCCGACCCGGGGCGACACGCCCACGCACCCGCCCGCAACCCCCCCGCCGCCAGCCCCACCCACCACGCCAAAUCUGGGGUUUCCAUGGAAACGGGGUGUAACGGGGGCGUAUGGGAGGAUAGCCCCCCGUGGCGGGGUAAGAAGGCAGGGGGGGUGGGGGCAGGGUCCGGGGGGGGGUGUGCGGUGGUUGUGGGGGGUGGGCCGACUCCCUCGGGGAGCCUGAAGGACAUCACUGGAGAGGCAAUCAACUUGGCCAGCGGCAAGCUCAAGGAGUUCUCCUUCGAGAAGCUCCGCCUCUCCUCUAGCCACGUCACCUUCCGAAAGGGUCGCAAGGUCCGACCCGACUCCUUCAGCCGGCGCUCCACCGACCUGGACAUCAUCUACGGCCACUUCUCCUCCAACACCGCCCCAGCCGCCCCCUCCAACGACGAGAACCAGCCCCCAUUCGGCCCAGGCAAGGGCGUGGGGGCGGAGGAGUGCAAGCCCAAGUCAUCCGGCCUAUUGUCAGCAUCAAAGGUGGGCGGCGGCUCCACGGGCAGCCUCUCGAGUGUGUGCAGUGGCUCGCUGGAGGCGGGGCUGAACACGGUGGCGUCGCUGUACCUCAGCACCCUGGGCGAGGAGAACCUGAUCGCCCGGCUGCUGGAGAAAACGCGCGGGGAACACGGCGGCGCCGGCGGCGAGGACAUCCGCGCCUGCCUGGACAUCCUGCUCAAGUGCUCAGAGGACCUGAAGAAGUGCACGGACAUCAUCAAGCAGUGCAUCCGCCGCAAGGCGCCCGGCGGUGGCGAGGAUGGCGGGGUCAGCCCGGAGACGAUGUACCAGGCUGUGAUGAGCAGGCUGAGCUCCUACCUGAAGAGGCUGCCCCUGGAGCUGGAGGGGGGGGCUGCAGGGCUGGGGGCCGGUGGCCAGGGGGCCGGGGGGGGGCAUAGUGAGCUUGCAGAACUGGUCAGCAGUCUCCACUCCCUCCAGACUCAGGGGAGCUUCUCGCCCAUGUUCGGGAACGAGCAACCCCCUCGGUACGAGGAUGUGGUGCAGUCCCCCCCUCUUCCGAAAACCGCCCUGCCCUCCACCUCCUCCUCCCCUCCUCCCGCCUCCUCCUCUGCAUCUGUCUCCUCCUCCACCACCAAGGUUGGGUCUGGAUCCAGCCACAAGCCAAACCAGAACCCAACUUCCAGAACGGCUCCUCUUUCGAAUGGCCUGCAGCACGCGCCACACACGCACUCCCCUUCAACGCAUACACACGCUCCGUCCGUCUCCCCGCCUGCCCCUCCUCACAACACCCCCAUCCCCUCCUCUACCCCUCCACACGCUCCCCCUGUUUCCCACAUGGAGCCGCUGUACAUAGAGGAGGAUUCAGACCAGGCCAGGGGCCAGGGCCCCACCCCGGCAAGGUCCCCCGGCAGACACGCCACACACAGUCAGCGGGGCACCGGGGCACCGUUGAACCCCCGUGUGCCACACGUGGCCCCUGCGCCUUCUGCCCAGGCCAUGUUGCACCCCCCCGCCUGUCCCCCCUGGCCAGCCCCUGUCGUCAGUUCAAGAGAGGACGACAUAGACAAGCUGCUGCUCGACCUGGAGAAACUCUCUCAGAGCAUGAGUCCCGAGAAGGAGAGGGGGAAGGAGCCCCCCCUCCCGGCCAAGACUAGGCAGAGAUGGGGGGCCCAGGGGGGUGCCCCCCCACAGGCACCCCCACCCACCCUGCUCCCGGAGCCUGUUAGCCACCUAGCCGCUAACGGACAGUCCUCCAGACCUCUGGCUGUGGCGGCCGUUGCUCCCCAAGUAGGGUGCACCGAGGCUGGGCCGGGCGAGGAGGAGGACGGGGCCCUGCUGAUGAGGAUCCUGGAGAGCAUCGAAAGCUUUGCCCAGGAGCUGGUGGAGUCCGGGGUGGGCACUGGGAGCGCUGGGAAAAGCAGCGGGAAGGAAAAGGAGGUGAUGAGGCUGUUGCAGGACACUCUGGCCCCAGGGGCCAAGGCGGACCCCCCCCCAGCUACACCUGUGCCAUGGCCUGUAGAACCAAAACUAGUGCCCCUGCCUGGACCCAAAUCUGAACCCCCACGCUCAGCCCUCCCCAGCCCCAUACCACCAGCUCAGGCUGUACCUGAACCACUAACUGGGUCUACUCCUGGGGCCGUCAUACCUACUCCAGUCCCUGAACCCCUGCCAGCUGCCCCUGCCUCUGCCUCAGUCUUUGCCACUGCCCACACCCCUCUCCCAACCCUCAGCCAUGAACCCCCUCCGACCCCUUCUGCCCCUGUUCCUACCCUGUCCACUGCCACUGCCACUGCCCCAACUACUACCCCUACCUCUACUCCUACUCCAGCCCCUGUCCAUGUCCUACAGACUUCCGCAGUCUCAAUCCUUGCCCCUGCCUCUACCCCUGCCCCAGCCUCAGCGCCAGCCGCUGCCCUCACCUCUACCACUUUCUUUACUCCUGCCCCAGCGCCUGCCUCUACUCCUGCCAUAGUCAUGGCCUCCGCCCAAGCCCCAGCUCAUGCCCCUGCUCUAGCUUCCACCUUAAGCCCUGCCUCAGCCACUUCCUUUACCCCUGCCUCUAUCCCUGCCUCUACCCCUGCCACCAUUUCUGCACCAUCGUCCGAGGAGGCCCCGGCACAUAUCAGCAUCUCUGCCCCGGUUGCUGAGAAGGACGCGGAUGUCGGCUCCAUCGCCAUGAGGGACUGUGGCUCGACGCUUCUCAUCCAGCAGUCUCCUGAGGUGAUCCGAGUCCAGUGUAAGACAGAGAAGAAACCAGGCACCCCCCCUCCGGCCCCCACCCCAGCCCCCUCUACCCCCGUCCCCCGCUCACCCAGCCCCCCCCCUGCUCCGGUGGUGGUGACUCCCCCGCCUCCCUCCGUCAACAUUCCGAGGUUCUACUAUCCCCGGGGGCUGCCUGGCCCUGCCCCCAACCACGACGUCGCCAUAGCGUCCGUAGAGGCGGCCUUCAGCGAGUUUGAGGAGGAGAAAGCUGACAUCUAUGAGAUGGGCAAGAUUGCCAAGGCAUGCGGGUGUCCUCUCUACUGGAAGGCCCCCAUGUUUAACGGCGCAGGCGGAGAGAGGACAGGAUUUGUCUCGGUCCACUCCUUCAUCGCUACCUGGAGAAAGUUGUUGCACAGUUGCUAUGAUGACUCGUCUAAGUUCAUCUCCCUGCUGGCCAAGCCAAGCUGCAGCUACCUGGACCAGGAAGACUUCAUCCCUCUACUGCAGGACAUAGUGGACACCCACCCAGGGCUUACGUUUUUAAAAGACGCUCCAGAGUUCCAUUCUCGCUACAUUACCACGGUGAUCCAGCGGAUAUUUUACACAGUGAACCGAUCGUGGACGGGACGCAUCACCAUGACGGAGCUCCGGAGGAGCAACUUCCUGCAGACUCUAGCCUUGCUGGAAGAGGAGGAUGACAUUAACCAGAUAACAGAUUAUUUCUCCUAUGAGCAUUUCUAUGUAAUCUACUGUAAAUUCUGGGAGCUCGACACCGACCAUGACCUCUACAUCGACCCUAAAGACCUGGCUCGCUACAAUGACCACGCUUCCUCCAACAGAAUCAUUGAGAGGUUGUUCUCAGGAGCAGUCACAAGGGGCAGUUCUGUCCAGAGAGAAGGCAGGAUGAGCUAUGCUGAGUUUGUGUGGUUCCUCAUCUCUGAAGAGGACAAGAAAAACCCCACCAGUGUAGAGUACUGGUUCCGCUGCAUGGACGUGGACGGGGACGGGGUUCUGUCCAUGUUUGAGCUGGAGUAUUUCUACGAGGAGCAGUGUGACAGGAUGGAGGGGAUGGGCAUCGAACCCUUGCCCUUCCAGGACCUGCUCUGUCAGAUGCUGGACCUAGUUAAACCUGAGAGCCAAGGGAUGAUCACCCUGAGGGAUUUGAAGCGGUGUCGGAUGGGUCACAUUUUCUUUGACACGUUCUUCAACCUAGAGAAGUACCUGGACCACGAACAAAGAGACCCCUUCGCUGUGCAAAAGGACAUAGAGAGUGAAGGUCCAGAGCCGUCAGACUGGGAUAAAUAUGCAUCAGAAGAGUAUGAGAUCCUGGUGGCAGAGGAGACUGCCAAUGAGCAGCUGCAGGACGGGUCGUUUGAUGAGGACUAUGAGUCGGACGAUCUUCCUGUUCCUGGGGACAUUGGGAAUAAGAUGGAUAAACUGGUCUUAUCUGACCUGUCAGCUUGAUCUCUCUUGGCCACCCGGUCGCCGUGGAAACAUAGAGCGAAGACUGGAGGGGAGGGGAGAGAGGGACAGCGUGAAGGAUGGACAGACUGAGAGAAGGAUGGAGAGACGGAGGGUUGGAUUUUGGAAGCUGCUUCGCAGACUUGUUUCUUCUCAGAACAGACUGACUUAGAAGUGUAUGAGUGUGUGCGUGUGUGUGUGUGAGUGCGUGUAUGAAGCAGAACUGCUUGGUGUUAUAGAGAGAGAGAGGGAGAGAGGGAGAGAGGGAGAGAGAGACUACUGUUACAGACAGGAGACAAGUUUAACAUUACUGUAAGAUGUUGAUGCAACUGACAAUCAGCUAUUUGACAAUCCGUCACCACUCAAGAACAUGGCUGUCCUAACUGAUAUGAUAGACAGACAGACAUGCAUUUCAAGCCUACUGUACACUACACUCAUAUAUUCAGAUUAAGUGUAAAGGACUAUAUGUCGCUGUCUCUUACAGUGACUGAGUACGAGGGUUGCCUGACUGCGUGGCUCUACCAUGUGGUCACUGACAAUACUGCAGGUUUCCCCAGUCACCCACCUGUACAAUAUGGAGACCAGACUCUGGUGUUCAGUGUCAAGGGGAAAAAAUGACGAGGGCGUUCUCGGAACAGGUCUGUUCUAUUCUUAGCAUCUCAUUGUCAGUGUUCUAUUUUCGAAAGCCCUUGGAGCUUUCGAGAGAACGUUCCGGGAUCGAUUCAUUCAUUUUCAAGACGUUUCUUCUCUCACGGUAGAUUGUACAUAGACGGAGGUAUCGUACUCUCUGGUAGAGUAUACGCAUAUCUCUGUAGACACUUUACUUUAGAUGUGCUUAUGACUGUGUUUUAAUAGCUGGAAGAGGAAGUGCAUGUUUUAGUCUUAGUUAACUGUGGUACCUGGGUCGUUUAAGAGGUCUGGUAAAAAAGGGACAUUUAAUAUCAGCCCUUUACCAGGAAGGACUACUUCAGUUUGAUUUAAAUGAACUUUCUUUCAAAUCUACACUCCAUAUAAAAAAAUGUGAUGGAUACUCCACUCUGUCAAGAACACACAUACACACACUCCUCUAGAAUACUGUUGACUCUACUGUAAGACCGUAAUCAAAGAAGAUGUGUGUGUGUAUACUGCAGAGAUGAGUGUGUGUUUACUUGUAGAUCCUUGGUAGGUGUAUAUGUCAAGGAGUGUGUUGUGCCUAACUAUCUGACUGAAUCUGUUCAUAGAACAUUGUUUCCAUGGAGACAGUGUUCCCAGAGCUAUUGCGUGUGUUUUUGGUUCUCUUUGGCCACACACACACGCACACCAACACACAAACACACACACGCACAAGGGUCAUAGUGGCCCUGAAGUGGCUGCUUAGCCCUGUGCUUUAGCCAUUGUAAAUGUGCCCAUGUAUUUAACUCUGGUUGGCUAAAAUGUCACUGUAAAUGUUAAGUUUUCUCCUAUGUGAUGCUUUGUAUUGAUGUGCCACUGUGUGGCUUGUAGGACGUUAAAUUAUGAAAUGUGUGUUUGUGUGUGUGUGAGGUGUAAAAUGAUUAUGUCAUCGGAGGGGUGGUGUGGGGGGCUUUCUAAAGGACUGUAGAGCCCCCCCCCCGAUUUGACAAUCAGCUGUCAAUCACUGGGACAUUGAGAAAAUGGAAUCAAGACCCAAGAAUUAUCCUUUCCUGCUGUAGAUACACACACACUUACACACUCACACACACACACACACUGGGAAGAGAGUCAUACUGAUGGAUUCUAAAGAAGAACCGCAAACUUGAGACGUUUUCAAAUCUGUGACUUGUCCCUGUGUCGUUUUUGGCUCUAUGCAAAGACUGCUGUGCUGACAGGCACUGGGGCAGGAAGAAGCCAAGAUGGAUUUGCCUGCAAGAAGCUUCUGGAAGGACUUUUAGCUUAUUCCUCAGUGUCCGUCUUUGAGGACUUUUAAUUUGUAAUUCUCUCUGUUUAGAGGACUUUUAAUUUGUGUUUUCUUCAUCUUAUGUACUUCCUCCUUGGAGACUUGAGUAGAUUCAGACGAGUUCAGACCAGAUGGUUCUUGUGUUGGCAUGGUUUUACUUUUUUUCGUUCUCUUUUUCUUUCCUUCUUCCCGUCUUUUUUUCUUUUUCUCUCUUUUUUUCUUCACUUCUGUCCUUUCUAACUUUCUUUCUUUCUUUCUUUCUUUCUUAACUUUGAUCUUUUUCUUGAUUCUUCUGAAACUGAGUUCAAAUAAAGACGUUUUAAAAUUG